UUUCCAUGCAGUGGCGGUGCUAUAAAAGCUAAGAGCGCAACAACUAAACGCCCAGAAUUUACACGCAUUGGAGCUCUCUUUUAUUUCAGAUAUGUUUCGGGGUGUCUGCGUCCUGCUUGUGGCGCUUUGGCUGCAAUGGCAAGUGGAUGCACAAUAUUUGAGCAGGGAGGCAAUUGAAAACGCUGUUAACGCUGCCAUCACUAAAGUGGACUCUGCAUAUGAAUACUCAAGACAAGAGUGCCUUGAUCGUGUCAAACGGAACGCAGCUAGGCCCCAGGAUGUAUUACGCUUGCUCAAGCAGCCUGUGGGAAUCUCACGUGAGAUAGCCCGAUCAGCUGAUUACAUGAGCAAUGCGAUAGACAUUAUCAAAAGAUCUGCGGAAAGACGUCAGAGACGUUCUAUCAAUGCCACAGACCUGCUGUCUGAGGAAGAUCUGGAGUUCAUUGCAGAACUGACAGGCUGCUCACCUCGACAGCGCAUCCCCUCUUGCAGGACAACACCCAACCUUGACGUCUUUCGCACUGCCAGCAGCGUCUGCAACAACAGGUAUAAUCCCCGAUGGGGUGCCUCCAACAUACCCUUUGCACGAUGGCUGCCUGCUGAGUACCAAGAUGGAAUCUCUGAACCUCGAGGGUGGGACCCUAUCAAAAUUAAUGGAUUCCUUCUUCCUUUGGUCAGAGAGGUGUCUAACCGCAUUCUUACCACACCCAUCAAUGAUGUGGUGAGCGACCAAAUGUUCUCUCACCUCUUGACCACCUUCGGACAGUGGAUGGAUCACGACCUGACUUUCACACCUCAUUCUCCAGUCAUCCGUUCCUUCAGUAAUGGCCUCGACUGCGAUGAGAGCUGCGAGCGCACUGAGCCCUGCUUCCCCAUCGAGAUUCCCAAGAAUGGUCCACGCUUUGGCUCCCAGGAAUGCAUCCCCUUUUUUCGCUCAACAGCCACAUGUGGAUCUGGACCCACAGGCUCCAUCUUUGGCGCCGCCACCAUUCGGCAACAGUUGAACACCCUGACAUCUUAUAUUGAUGCGGGUCAGGUGUACGGCUCGGAUGAUAUCAAAGCUCAGUCCCUCCGAAACCUCAACACAGAUGAAGGCUUAUUGAGGGUCAAUACAGAGUUCACUGACGAAGGCCGAGAACUGCUUCCCUUUACCACUAUGGGAGCCAACUUGUGUGCGACACGAGCUCGGAUCACCAACGACCCCAACGCCGAGGAAGUGCUUUGCUUUUUUGGCGGUGAUGAACGCUCCAAUGAAAACAUUGCUCUGACCUCAAUGCACACACUGUUCUUGCGUGAGCACAACCGGCUGGCUCGGGCUUUGCGCAAACUAAAUCCAAAGUGGGAUGGAGAGAGAAUCUACCAAGAAGCACGCAAGAUCGUUGGAGCAUAUCUUCAGGUCAUCACUUUCAGAGACUUCUUGCCCGCCGUGGUUGGUCCAAAAGUCGUAUCCAAGAAGCUGUCCACCUUCCCUGGCUAUGAUGACACAGUAGAUGCCACUAUCUCUAAUGCAUUCGGAGCAGCUGCCUUCCGAUUUGGCCACUCAAUGGUUCAACCCUUCCUUUUCCGUCUCGACGGGAGCUACAUGGAUCACCCGUUGUACCCUUCUCCAUUGCUGCACACAGCCUUGAACACACCAUGGAGGGUCGUCUUUGAAGGUGGCAUAGACCCCAUCGUGAGGGGGCUUGUGGGUCGACCGGCGAAGCUGAACGUUCAGGAUGCCAUCAUUACGGAUGAACUGAGAGACCUGCUGUUUAAAUUCUCCUUUGAUAUGGCUCUUGAUCUGGCCUCUCUCAACAUGCAGCGUGGACGAGACCACGGAAUCCCAGGAUACAACCGAUGGCGCAAGUUCUGUGGUCUGUCACAACCGCAAAAUGAGAAGGAGCUGGCUGAAGUGCUGCAAAACGAGACUCUGGCUUGGAAGUUGUUAGAACUCUAUGGCACGCCUGAUAACAUUGAUCUAUGGCUUGGAGGAAUUGUAGAACCUCUUGUGUUCGGAGGAAGGGUUGGACCUCUGUUCGCUUGCCUCAUCGGAACUCAGUUCAGCAAGAUUCGUGAGGGAGACCGACUUUGGUGGGAGAACAAAGGAGUAUUUACAGAGGACCAGAGAGUCUCUUUGUCUCGAACGUCAUUUUCCCGGAUAGUCUGUGACAAUACCGGUAUCUUUGAGGUUCCAGAAAACGCCUUCCUGUUCCGGCCCCGGGGCUCCGGUUACACCAAAUGCAGUGACAUCCCUAUGUUUGACCUGACUCCGUGGCAGGAGCCCCCGCAUGACUAUAAAGACUCUGAGAUCCCCACCCCAUACCCACCAGGCUAUAAAACUUCCACCUCGUACCCACCAGACAAUAAAACUUCCACCUCGUACCCACCAGGCUAUGUAUCUACCACCUCGUUCACAACACCAAAAAUCCCGAGGACCACCAUAACAACUUCAAAACCCCAGAUAGACACUACAGUCAAAGGACCUGCUACCGUCCCUGGACCGAAAGACACCUAUCAUGAGAAUGUGGCCUUCUCUGUGCGACUGGGCAACAACUACCCUAGUCCUGGUGUUGCUAUCCCCUUCUACGACAUCAUCUACAAUGCACAGAACAGCUAUAACCCCAGCACAGGAAAAUUUACAUGCCCAUAUACCGGGGUGUAUGAAUUCCAAUUUUAUUGCACAAUCUAUGAGCAUGCUGCUAGCGUAGAUCUGAUGCGCAAUGGAGAGUUGAUUGUGCAUUCAUUCACAACCAAGCAAGAUGGCUACAUCACAGCCAGUGGAGGCACAUACAUAAAGCUGAACGUCGGAGAUGAGGUAUGGCUUGUGGCUAACUAUGGUGGCAAUGGUCUGACCAGAGACAGCUACUUCUUAGGACGGCUAAUAUUCGUUGAAAGUUAAAGCUUGUUUUUUCUUUGUGCCAAAAAGGCAGUGUUGAAAAUUUGAUCUAUUUGGCUUUUGCAUCAUUUACAUACUUUUAAUGUCUGAUUAAGAAUUAAGGUUGGGACAUCCAUGCAAAUAAAUAAAAGAAUGAAUAUUGUCUUUCCACCACAAGAA